AUGGAGACUCCUGCUCAUCAGCCAAGUCCGCCCGGCGACUUUGUUGCUUUCGCCAGAGAACACGCUCGACCUCAAACCCGCUUCUUGGGCUGCUCGAGGAUUACUGACUACGAAGUACUAGGCAAGUUGGGAGAAGGGACAUUCGGAGAGGUUCAUCGCGCAAAAUCGAAGAAGACAGGGGCAGUGGUUGCGUUGAAGAAGAUCUUGAUGCACAACGAGAAAGAUGGAUUCCCUAUCACAGCUCUUCGAGAGAUCAAGCUUCUCAAGCUCUUGUCACACCCGAACAUUCUCAAGCUGGAAGAGAUGGCAGUUGAACACCACUCGAAACCCGCCGAUAAAAAAAAACGAGCGAUUAUGUAUAUGGUCACACCGUACAUGGACCACGAUCUCUCUGGCCUUCUCGAGAACCCCGGCAUCACACUCACAGAGGCCCAAAUCAAGUGUUAUAUGUUGCAACUGUUGGAAGGCUUGCGGUAUCUUCACGACAAUCACAUCCUGCAUCGAGACAUGAAGGCUGCAAAUCUCUUGAUCAACAACAAAGGCAUUCUACAGAUUGCAGAUUUUGGCUUGGCUCGUCAUUACGAUGAACCUGUCCCGGUCGCUGGGCGCGGAGGCGGAGAAGCCCGUCGUGACUACACAUCUCUUGUAGUUACUCGUUGGUACCGACCUCCCGAGCUUCUCUUGCAUUUGAGAAAAUAUACGACUGCUAUAGAUAUGUGGGGGGUUGGAUGUGUGUUUGGAGAGAUGUUAACUGGAAAACCAAUUCUCGCGGGAGACAGUGAUGCGAACCAGCUCAAGAUAAUUUUCGAAUUAGUUGGUACCCCUACGGACGAGAAUAUGCCAGGAUGGAAGUCUUUGCCAGGCGCCGAUGGCUUGAAGUUUCUACCGCAUCUGCCUACUGUUGCACAACGUUUUCGAGAGGCUGGCUCUGGCGCCAUUUCGCUUCUGAACGAGUUGCUCAAACUGGACUGGAGAAAGCGAGUCAAUGCGAUUGAUGCAUUGAAGCAUCCAUACUUCCGCAAUGCUCCACUACCCGCAAAGGCUGGAGAUCUCCCGGUCAUGGAAGACUCUCACGAGUUGGAUCGCAGAAAGUUCAGAGGCCAGAAGGCCGCUCCUCCACCAGCUCCGAAAGGGGGAACUGUGGGGAUGGGCGCUGGCAAUUGGGGAGGUGAACCGACAACAAAUGGCCAUGGGGGAUUUGGAAAUGGAGACAACUACGGAUAUCGUCAACAAAAUGGCGGUCGCUACCCACCUCACGGCGGUCAUCGCAACGGGAUCCCUCCACCACCACCGCAAGAGGAGCGUAGACGAGCAUGGGAACGACACCGCGACGACAGACCAGAUACAAGAUUGCCACCUAGACCUCCGCCAGCAGAUUAUUCAGCCUAUGAUGGAGCGAGGGAGCGUCCAGAUGGCUAUAGAUCCCGGUCUCGUGAUCUCGACCGUGAUCGGGCUCCUCCAAGAAACAGAACUGGCGCACCAUCUAUCGACACGUAUAUCCCAAGCUACGGGCCAGACAGCGGAAGACGAGACGAUCGCCCUCCAAGGAACGAUCGAUCUUCGAGAGAACGAGAUGACCGCCUUCCGCGAGACGAUCGACCUUCAAGAGAUGAUCGACUUUCAAGAGAAAGAGAUGACCGCCCUCGAAGACGCGAUGACCGAGAUGAGCGUCGUCACGAGAACAGAGAUAGAGAGCGGGACCGGGACAGGCUCGAUUACGAUGAGCGCAGUAGAAGCGGACGAACCCGAAGUCGCAGUCGCAGCCCAGUUCGUGAUCGCGAGCGAGACAGAGUCAGGGAGAGAGAACCUUUGGAGAGAACUCAUGAUCGGGAUCGAGACAUGUAUCGUAGAUGA